UGUAAAUUAUAGUACCGCGAUUUACAUUUAGUUCACCAUGGAUGAUUUAUUCGCCAACAAUUCUGUUAAUGUUUCGGUUGAGGCACCUGCAGAAAAUUUGAUUCAGGAAAUUGCUUAUGAUGGCCAAGAAGUGUAUCAAUUGCCUUUGACAUUGUCGGAAAAUUUAACAAAACAAGCACACAAAAUAGAUUGGAUGAAAGGAGAUGAUGAAGAAGAUAAUGAAGAAAUGCCUCCUAUAACUAGUGCCACAGAAAAAGAUGUAGAAGAAGAUUCUAAAAAACCAGAUCUACAAGCUUCUAGUUGGCCAUGGGAUUCUGUCCGGAAUAAACUGCGUUCAGCAUUGACUGAAGUGUGUGUACUUGCUGAUGUAAUUACAGUUGCCAAAGAUAAACGAUACAUGGUAUUGGAUCCUGUUCAACAAGAACAACCUGAUCAACGACAACUUGCUCAAUUAUUUUCAAAGAAAAGGGGUUUGACUGCAGCUGCCAAUAUUUUGUUGCAUGGUGCAGAACGUCUUAAAAUAUCACAGUCAGAUACAGCCAGGGCUAAAAGUAAUCAAGAUUUUCACCUUGAGCUUUUGAGGCUGAGGCAAAAUUGGACUCUAAAAAAAAUUGGCAAUGCUAUCCUUGGAGAUCUAAGUUACAAAUCAGCAGGCUCUCGAUUUUAUCACACUGGUAUUUUUGAAGUCACAAAAUCUGAAGAUCCUGUUCCAGGUUUAUCCAAUGAAACCAUUAGUGAAAAUCAGCCUAAACCAUCAAUGAUUAAGGUUACCAUCCCCACUGAGCUUGGAGGAACAGCUUAUAUCCAAGUUACUAUCCAGAAAGAUCAGGAUAUAUUAUGCACAGCCAACCUUAAUUUACUUCACGCUUCACUAACUCACUCGGAUCCUUCACGAGAUGCAAAUCCUUGGACGGGCAAACUUGAAGCAGCUCAAAAUGUAUUAUUUUGUAAAGAGUUGUUCUCACAUUUAGCGCGAGAAGCAGUUCAACUACAGGCUGCAAUUCCUCACAUGGUUGUUGGUAAUCAAAUCACUGCAUCGUUAUUUCCCGGUAUCCAACUAUCCAUUCAUUUCCAGUCAUCUCAAAGUGUAGGGGUCGAGAAACGCCAGCCAGUAAGUAAUUCUACUUCUCCAAUCGCCAAGGUUGAUCAUAACUAUAUACUAGAGCACUCGCUUCACCAACUUUUGCGACAAGUGCACUUGAAUAAUGUUGGUCAGCCGGUACCUCAUCCUUCAUCAGCACCACUUGGACCUACCAAACGACGACGACUUGCAGGACCACACGCCUACGACAGAGAUGAACUUCUCUCAAUGACAAAAAAUGAAAACAUACUUGAACAGAUAAUAAGACAAGGACAACAUGUUGUACUCAGACUAAGGACGAUGUUUGUGAUCGACUCUAUUGCUCGAGAGAUUCGUGACCCCCUUAUUAUAUCACACUGGAACGUUCUAAACUCUCCAACUCUUUCAUGUGUUAAAAUAAUUAUCAUGACGCAUGGUUACGAUACCCUUCAACGGACAGCAUUGGUAGUACACGUUGGAGAAAAAACUCUGAAAUGCAUCUGCCGUGAUGGUCGUGUUCUUCAGAUGUCGUACGAACCACAAGAGUUACGUGAUCUUAUUCUAUGCCAGAUUUCACAACAUCAAAUCAACGCAGUACAGUCACUGGCGCGAUUCCUCGGCUGGCACGUGGUAAGCAGUUCAGCACAUUUGGGUUUAGGACCAGUCGAACCACUUGGUAAUGCAUCGUCAUGUAUUUUGUCAUCUCCAUCGGGAAAUAGAGUUUUAAGUGUUCGCUGCGGGCCUCAGGCAGCUCAACCUCAAGUUUACUUGUCCACAUAUCCACGUCCUGAUAUUGAGAAGAACAAAGUGUUGAAAGACGUACGUUGGGAACAACUGAACGCUAGCUACGAAGAAGUCCGACUAGAGAAAUUAGAAGGAAGAAAUUUUCUCAGCCGAAUGGAACUAUUAAUGGCUUCUCUUACUUACCUUCAGCCAUCCAAUUGAAUGAGAUAGUUUGCGUGUCGAAUACAUUCGAAAAUCUGUACUUUU